UCUGAUUGUAGAAUGAGGAGAUGAUGUGGGUGGGGGGAGUAAACGGAUGCAGUUUAUCCGACGGAGGAUCGGUGGUUAAUACAAUCACAUCAGGAUCUUCUGCUUCCACAGAUAUCCAAGAUGAGCUGCUGUUGUGGGUCCAAGCUGAAGAUCGUGGUGAUUGGGAGCGACGGUGCAGAAAGGAAUGAAGUCAUUAACCUGAUCCAGAACCACCUUAAGUCCAAUCAGACCAGCUUCAACCUUUCCUGUCUGCCUAUUGAAGAGGUUUAUCCUGAGAGCUAUGAAGGUCUUGAUAUGGAUCAUUUCAACCGACUGGGUCAACCAGACUAUGAUAGCAAGGAAAUGGAGAUCAAGAAGAUCACGAGGUGCAUCUCCAAAACCGCUCACCAUGUGUUCCUGUUGGUCAUUAAGAACGGUCAAUCCAAAGAAGAAAUUAAAGCAAUGGUGGAGAAUAUAAAGGCUGUAUUUGGUGAGAAAGUAACAAAGAGCAUGAUUCUUGUGCUCAAGGGAGAGGCUCUAGGCAAUGAGGGGAUUUCCACAAUAGAAGACAUUAAUAAAGAGGACAAACUGAAAUUCAUCAGGUGUCUUAAAGUCUGCAACCAUCAAGAGAGUCAGUCUGCAGUCAGUGAAAUCGUAAAUGAAAUUCAAGAAAUCAUCUCAGAGAGUGGAGGAAAAUGUUACACCCACAAGAUGAUGAUGAUGAUGAUGAUGAUGAAGGCUCAGAGCUCAGCAAAAAAAGAGAAACAGGAGCUGAGGAUCGUGGUGAUUGGGAGCAAUAAUGCAAAGAAGAAAGAAGUGAUUGACAUGAUCUGGAAACAUCUUCAGCAGAGUAACAAUCCACAUCGGACCAGGAGUUGCUGCCUAAAAUCUAAGGGUUACCCUGUGAGCUAUAAAGGACGUGACAUGUUUAUUUUUAACCCACCUGGUCUGUAUGCUUCAAAAUGCAACGGGGAUAAAAUGAAAGAGAUCAAGAGGUGCAUCUCCAAAACCGCCAGUCAUCUGUUCCUGUUGGUGAUCGAGAACGAACCAUCCAAAAAGAAAAUUAAAGAAAUGCUAGAGGACAUAAAAUUCACCUUUGGUCAGACGGUAACAGAGAACAUGGUUCUUGUGAUCAAUGGAUAUUCUGCAGAGGAUGGGGGGGGGUCAAUAAUAGAUGCCAUUAACGCUGAGGAGGAGCUGAAAAACAGGUGUGUUAAUGUCCAAGGCCAAAACCCUGAACCUGCAGCUGACAUCAUGGAUAAAGUUGAAGAAAUCAUCAAUGCUUGUCCAUGCUGUUACACCUACGAUGAAAUGAUGGAGGCUCGAAGGUUAGCAGAAAAAGAGAAACAGGAGCUGAGGAUUGUGGUGAUUGGGAGCAUUGAUGCAGGGAAGAAAGAAGUCAUUGACAUGAUCCAGAACCACCCGAGGAUCACUGACAAACCAAAUGAGACCAAGGUCAACAUUUGCUGCUCGAAGCCCCAAACUGAGAGUUACGCUGUGAGAUAUGAACGCCGUGACAUGAUUCUAUUUGACCCACCGGGUCUGUGUGAUCCAAACUGUAAUGGGGAUGAAAUGGAAGAGAUCAGGAGGUGCAUCUCCAAAAACGCUCGCCACGUGUUCCUGUUGGUGCUAGACGUAAACUUUACGGAAGAAAAUAAAGAAAUGUUGGAAAAGAUAGAAUCCACAUUUGGAGAGAACAUACAAGAGAACAUGAUUAUUGUGUUCAAACUGACACAACCUUGCGACGAGCCCCAAAUAGAUAUAAUUAAGAGGGAGCUAUUUGACCUUAUGAAAUUCCUCUAUGACUUUGCAGUGAAAUGUGAAAGGAGGUGUGUGGAUGUCGUUGAAAAUUUUAAUAAUGAAUCUGCAGUCAAACAAAUCAUGGAUGAAAUUAACAAGAUCAUCACGAUAAGUGAAGGAGAGUGUUACACCUACAAGAUGUUGAAGACCGUUCAGAAGAAAGAGGAGAAAACUAAGAAGCUUCCAAUAAAGGCAAAAAUUGGUUUACUGGUAGGAUUAUGGGUCGGAGCUUUGCUCGGGCUCAUUUUCUUUGGGAAGGACUUCCUUCAAACAGGAUGUGUGCUUGGAGGUGGAUCUGGAGCCAUAAUGGGGAUGGUUGUUCCUGCUGCAAAAGAACGGCUGUUGGCAAUAAAAGCUCGUAUUUAAUUAUCUGCUGCUUUAAUGAGCUCAGAGCUUCAGAGAAACUCCAAAUAUUCUGACCUAAAGCCGACUUAAAGGUACGGGAAGAUCCAUGAGCCAAUAUCUAAAAUUCAGCUCAAUAUUAUUAUGACAUCAGCAUCAUCGUAAAGUUCAUUGUCCUGUUUUGUUUUUAUACUUUUUUUAUGCUGCAAGUUUGUUUUAUCCUUUGCUUUGAUUUUAAAAUCCUUUGAUCAGAUUUGGCGUGCAGAUUAAACAGUAGAUUAAAGUUUUCUUUCUUCUUUA